AUGCGGUCGGGUCCAAACUGCGUUGUGGCGCCGUCGCCACCGCCGUCACCACCGCCGUCACUCUCGCCGCCGCCGUCACCCUCGCCGCCGCCACCGUCAUCACCGCCGCCGCCACCUCCUCAGUUGCCAGAGACAAUCAUUGCAACGCCGUACGAGUUGUUUCCAAGCACCGUUCCAUUGGCCGGCGGCGUCGCAGUUGCGAUCUCGCACCCACGGCUUGGAGCCCAGACGCUGGCGCUGGCGAUCGAGACGCGUAUGGGCCCGAUUUUUGAGGCCGAGGCACAGGCGUUGGUGUGGGUGGAGCUGGUGACAUCGGCAAGUGGGCUCUUCGUCGCGCCGCCGUCAAACAGGACCGGCUACGGCGAGGUUCGCGUGCUGAACGGAACAGGCGACGUGGUGCUCGGCGGGAUUUACUACGACGGGUCUGGAUGCAGUGACAGUGGCACAGUGCUGUACAAGGGUCAGUGCCGAUCGUGCGCGUCGUUUACCGGGGCUUACUGCCCGGGUGGUCCCCGGUUCUGGCCGAAACGUGGCUACUGGUCGUUCAACGAGGCCGAGCCGCCGUCCGAGUGCUACCACCGCGACGCAUGCCCAGGAUCACUGGGCGAGAUUGCUGGGUACCCACCACUGGUGCUGGCCUCUGGCGCGCGCGACACGCAGGUCUGCGCUGAUGGAUAUCAAGGCGAGUUCUGCUCGAGCUGCGAAGCCGAUUACUUUGUUGAGUCCGGAGUGUGCACAGCGUGCGGAUCGAGCGCAAGUGUGCGGGCAGAGCUUGCAGUGGUGGCGAUUGUGGCUUGCGGCAUGUUCGUAAUUGUUAUUUUUGGCCUACUCUUUCUCUCUGCGGCGUCGCUGGUCAACGUGGUGUCUGGCGUGAUUGCCGUCCAGCAGCUGGUGCUCGUGGCUCGCAUGGGGCUGCUUCAGCUGUCGUCGUCGACGUCGGUUUCGUGGCUGGCACUCGUUCUCCGGGUGGCGUCGAUCAUCAACUUUGAGGUUGAAGUCAUCAAGCCGGGAUGCACGGUGGGUGCGAUCUCUUUCCCGGUCUUCUACGGCGGGCUUGUGGUGUUUGUAGUUGGCAUUGGGGCGCUGUUUGUGGCUGUGGUGGCCGUGCGGUCAUGGUUGCGACCGACCAAGGCGGCGUCGUCAGUCAACGCGCAGCGCGCCUUUGACCUCGCCUGGAUGCCUGGCGAAGACGAAACUAUGGAUGCUUCAACGCCGAUGCUCUCAGUAUCUGCGGGCGAGCUGACGACACCUAGCCCAGAAGUCGAUGCCGACAAUGCGGAGGCACGCAUUGCCGUGCUCGAGUCGACGGUGGUGUCCGACGCAUUGGGAGUAGAGGCGGCGAAUGCGCGGGGCAUGUUCGCGGCGCGGGCGACGCAUGCCGUGAUCAUCCUGGUGGCGAUGACGUACCUACAGGUGGCUCUGCGGACUGCUCAGGUGCUUCACUGCGGAUGGUCCGGCGACGGCAAGCUGCGGCUUGUGGUGCAGCGGAGUCUGGUGUGCUACCAAGGUCGGCACGCCGUGGCGGCCGCAUUGGGAUGGUUAGUGGGCAUCUUUGUCCUGCUUGGCUUUCCAAUCUUUGUGAUUGUCCGCGGAAUCCAGGCACAGAAGCAGCUCGUUUCUGCUAGCGUAGCUGUGGCUGUCAUGAUCCACGAGAGCAUCGGGUUUGUGAUCCGGUCACUGCGGCUGCGGUUCCUAUGGUUCCGGGCUCUGCACUUUGUGACGGUUCUUGUGUUUGUGGCCGAGACGGUGGUCAUCCACAGGCAGGACGUGCGAAUUGUGACGAUUGUGUGUAACUUUGGCGUGUCGAUGGCUCUCGUGGCGCUGCUCGAUCCGUUCCGCGACCGCAUGCACACCAUGUUUUCGGUUGUGUCGGGGAUGGCGUCGUCUGUGGUCAUGCUUGUCUUUCUGUACAGGUACAACCGGACGCUGUUUGGCCUAACCGCAGUCGUGCAGGUUGUGGCAAUGGGCGUGGUGGUCACGGCGCUCGCCUACCACAUCUACCUCAAGAAGUGGAAGCAAGCUCGUGCCAAGCGCAAGAUCGAAACAGAUGCGUCGCCCAAGUCGAGUUGGCAGACGAGCAGCGGGUCAGAGUCUGGUCACGGAUGCGAUCCACGCUCGAGCUUGGGAUCCAGCUCGAGUUCGAGCCCCGACACGGACACAUGCCCGCACCUACCGCCUCCCCAAAGCGUCUACGUCUCGACGUCGAAGAAGGCACCAUCCCCGUUGAAUGGGACCAUCGCCGAACUGCUUGAGCUGUCGGUGAGCGAGGAAGACCACCCCGAGGAGCCAAAAGCCACAGGCCGUCAUGCGCGGCCGCCGCGGCCGUCGAUGCGAAGGGGCGGAAGGAGCGAGCAGGAUCUGCGAUAUGGUGCCGAGUCCGGCAGCCCAUCGCCGCAGGGCGCUCGGCGGCGGAAUGCCCGCGUAGCAGCGCGAACCGGCACUGCCUCGCCGCGGGACCAGCACAUAUCGGAUCAGAACCAACGGGCCUCGACCAACUCUCUGCUCUCACCACAGGGCUCGGGCGAGAUCAGCAGCAGCGGAGCGUUGACAUCACCACGCAGUCGAACGGGCCGUGUCCGCCGCAGUCGACGUUCUCCUCGUGCGCGCAGCAAGAUCUCACCACAUAGAUCCAUCACUCGUGGUCGUGAUCAAUGA